CUCUAUUCGAGACCUAACCUGGAACUCGUACCGUUUUUUUGAGGGGAAUGGCAAACAAAAGAAGGUCCUAGAGUCUACAGCGGUCGUCUAGGGAAGAGAGAGGUUACUGUGCCGCUUUCUGUGAUUGGCUGUCAGAGGACCACAAGAAAAUGACCGAUCGUGUCGCUAGAUAACACCCCGUAUUUCUAGGCUGGGAUCGUGUAGAGCCCUUUGAAGCUGCAUUGAAACUGCAGUUUGGACCUUUAACCCAUUGAGCACCAUUUAAGUCUGCUAUAUGGAGAAAAAUCCUGGAAUGUUUCUCUCAAAAACCUUACUUUCUUUUUGACUGAAGAAAGAAAGACAUCAACAUCUUGGAUGACAUGGGGGACAAAUUGAGCAAGUGGGAGAUGGUUCAGCUGCACGUCAAACGGGGAGAUGAGAGUCAGUUUCUCUUCAGUACUACAGUGGAUGUCUGUAUUGAAACACUGACCCAGCAGGUCAGCGACAUCUAUAAUGGACGACUAAAAGUGGACAGGAUCAGCUCUGAAAUUACAGAGCUGGCAGAUCAUGGCGUCUCUCUUCCACCGAAUAUGCAAGGCUUGACCGAUGAUCAGGUCGUGGAGCUCAAACUAAAGGAUGAAUGGGAAGACCGCUGUAUUCCCAGCGGUGGUGCUGAGUUUAAGAAGGAUGAGCUUGGACGUCGAAAUGGACAUGCUCCAAAUGAGAAGAUGAAAGAUGUUUUAAGGAAAACAGUGGAGGAAGCCAAAGCUUUAAUCUCAAAAAAACAAGUGCAAGCGAGUGUCUGCAUUACCAUGGAUAUGGUCAAAGAGGCUCUGGACCAGUUACGAGGAGCUGUGAUGAUAGUUUACCCAAUGGGGCUGCCGCCACAUGAUCCAAUAAAGAUGGAGUUUGAAAAUCAAGAGGAUCUUACUGGAACACAGGCCUCAUUACAAGUGAUCCCAGAAGAAGAGGCUCAGCUGUGGUGGGCGUCUAAAGAACUGCAGAGGGGCAAAAAGCUGCAGGAUUAUGUCGGGAAAAAUGAGAAAACUAAAAUUAUUGUGAAAAUUCAGAAAAGAGGCCAGGGUGCACCAGCGCGAGAACCAGUAGUGAGUGAAGACGAACAAAAAAGAAUGAUGCUGCACUAUUACAAGAGGCAGGAAGAGCUAAAAAAACUAGAAGAGGCAGAGGAUGACUCGUAUCUUCAGUCUGAUUGGUCGGACAGACAGGCCCUAAAAAGACAGUUCCAGGGACUCACAAAUAUCAAAUGGGGCCCAAGAUAGAUGAACAGAGAAAAUCACAGUUAAUCUACAGUUCCUUUCCAUUUGGCAAAUCGGAGACUCUACUGCUGCUGUUUUUAUGCAAUUUGGUGCCUUUAUUACAUAUGAAAGGUAUUUAUGUGACUGUUUGUAAAUUUGUGUUAAUGCAAAGUGAGAGACAUCAGAUUGCUCUGUUCUGAUUCGUUGGCAGAAGGAUGCAACACCUUUCCUCUCUUUGUCUGUGCCUCUGGCAGUUACUCAAUUGAAACUUGAUGCUGUUUAAAGACAGGAUGUUGCCGUGUGGCUCUAAGGAUUGCUGUGGAGUUCAUUUGGAGAGCACUGAGAAGGAAUUACAGAACAUUUUAGUAUCCUUGAGGCAAAAGAGAGGUUAGAGUAUCGGGAAGUGUGGUUUCACUGGAAAAGCUUAGUGUGAUGUUGUGUAAUAAAAGAACAUGUGGUUAUUGUU